CGGAAGCGCCGCCAUCUUGCGAAGCCGGCCUGAGGCGGAGGGAGCGGAGAGGGGCGCGGGCGGAUCCCCGGGGCAGGUGAGGGCGGCGGCCGCCAGGAGGUGCCUGGCCCGGGCAGGGACGACGUGGAGCCAACGCUCAAAGAAAAUGAAUGGCACACUGGAUCACCCAGAUCAACCUGACCUAGAUGCCAUCAAGAUGUUUGUGGGGCAGGUUCCACACAGCUGGUGUGAGAAGGAUCUGAGAGAACUCUUCGAACAGUAUGGUGCUGUCUACGAAAUUAACGUCCUGAGGGACAGGAGCCAAAACCCUCCUCAGAGCAAAGGGUGCUGUUUUGUUACAUUUUAUACCCGUAAAGCUGCACUAGAAGCACAGAAUGCUCUCCACAACAUGAAGAUCCUCCCAGGGAUGCACCAUCCCAUCCAGAUGAAACCAGCUGACAGUGAAAAAAAUAAUGCAGUGGAAGAUAGAAAGCUGUUUAUUGGGAUGAUCUCCAAGAAGUGCAAUGAAAAUGACAUCCGGGUGAUGUUCUCCUCCUUUGGGCAGAUUGAGGAAUGCAGGAUAUUACGGGGCCCAGAUGGCCUGAGCCGAGGUUGUGCAUUUGUGACUUUUACAACAAGAGCCAUGGCACAAACAGCAAUCAAAGCAAUGCACCAAGCACAGACCAUGGAGGGUUGCUCUUCACCCAUCGUGGUGAAAUUUGCAGAUACGCAGAAGGACAAAGAGCAGAAACGUAUUGCUCAGCAACUCCAGCAGCAGAUGCAACAGAUAAGCGCUGCCUCUGUAUGGGGAAACCUGGCUGGUCUGAACACACUUGGACCCCAAUACUUAGCACUUUAUUUGCAGCUCCUUCAGCAGACAGCAGCUGCCUCAUCUGGGAACCUGAACACAUUGAGCAGUCUCCAUCCAAUGGGAGGUGAGGUUGAAGCGAUGCAGUUACAGAACCUGGCUGCAUUAGCAGCUGCAGCCAGUGCAGCUCAGAACACACCAAGUGGCACCGAUGCACCUCACUUCUUCCAGCCGUCCCUAAGUGUGCUCACCAGUUAAGGUUCCUCACCUAGCUCGAGUAGCAGCUCCUCUGUUAACCCAAGCUCCCUUGGAGCGCUGCAGACGUUAGCAGGUGCUACAGCAGGCCUCAAUGUCAGCUCUUUAGCAGGGAUGGCAGCCUUAAAUGGUGGACUUGGCAGCGGUGGCCUCUCAAAUGGCACGGGUAGCACAAUGGAGGCCCUCACUCAGGCGUACUCUGGGAUUCAGCAAUAUGCUGCUGCCGCAUUGCCCACUCUCUACAGCCAGAGUCUGUUAACACAACAGAGUAUUGGUGCAGCAGGAAGUCAAAAAGAAGGACCUGAGAGGAGCCAUCUGUUCAUCUACCACCUCCCCCAGGAGUGGGACCAGGACCUGCUGCAGAUGUUCAUGCCAUUUGGGAAUGUCAUCUCCGCCAAGGUUUUCAUUGACAAGCAGAAUCUAAGCAAGUGUUUUGGUUUUGUAAGUUAUGACAAUCCUGUCUCUGCGCAGGCUGCCAUCCAGUCAAUGAACGGCUUUCAAAUCGGCAUGAAGCGUCUGAAAGUACAGCUCAAGCGCUCUAAGAAUGACAGCAAGCCAUACUGAGCGCCCCUCCCCUCUGGGACUGGAGGGAGAAGGAUCUUCUGGUAAGUUGGGGAGGAACGCACUUAGUGAUUCGAAGUCCUAAGGCUGUGUUUUUACAGUCCUGGAUGCUGAUCCAUGCCAUUCUAGCUGGCACAUCUUCCCCCCUGAAGACUCAGCUGCAGCAUCCGCUGGGAUUUCUGCUUCGGAUGGAGGACAAGUUUGUGAUUUUGUUUCCAGUAUUUUACUUUGGAUUUUAGGUGCCAUAUCACUGAGGUGUUUUUUUGUUGUUGUUGUUUUUCCUUAUUUGAAGUUUGCUGUGUUUGUAUCCAGUGUGCGUUGAGAAGGACCAAUGCCAGCUACCUUGUGGGGGGCAGGGAACGGGGGAGUAUAGAAAGAGCAGCAGAACUGACACGACACAAGAGGGAAGGAGGAGGAGCAGGACUGACACCAGACAGCACUGAGGAAAAGAAAGGAGGGAAGGGAGAACCACCUUGAGAUGGGUAUGGAGCAGACCUCAUGUAGCCUUUGCCAUGCCCCAUGCUCUCAUAUUUCCUUAGUUAAAUGUCUUCUGUGGGAAUUUCCUAGCUGAAUCUGUCUCUAGAGCAGGUGAAAAAUCUAGAAGAGCAAAGAGGUUAAUGAGUUAAAGGAAAACUGCAGUCAUUAUUUUGCUAUAUAAAGUGGUAUUUAUUGUUGCACUGUGAAUAUACACAGCACUUUUUAAAAAAAAAUGUAGACACUCUCCCUGCCCAGAAAACCUCAUAGUCCAUCUAGAGUUACUUAUUAACUGAAUUUCCCAGUGUUUAGGAAAUCUUAUUCUUGACUGAUCCGCUGGGAAUUGUGCUAGGGUUUAGAGAGGCACUGUAGUCUGGAGGAAUAAAUUUGGGGCUGGAAGCCAGGAACUCCCGAGUUCUUAUCCCAAGUCUGCCACAGACUUUCUGUGUCACCUUGGUCAAAUCUCUUCCCAUCCCUGUACUUUAGUUUUCCCAUUUGUAUAAUGACAAUAAUGCCCAUCUCACAGGUCUUUGAAUUAAUACUCACUAAGCACAGUCUAAGUGAUAAUUAUGUAUUGUUAAACCAUUAAAUUGACAACAAAUAAUACAUCAUACUUGACAUGUUCUGAGGUUUCUGCUGCCUUGCAUAUCCAAGUAGGAACUGUUUCCACAGUCAUACUCUUUUCCAAAGGCAAUUUCCUGUUCAUUAGUAAUUCUGUGAUGUGAUUUGGUAUAGAAAUUAGAUUUACUUUUUACACUGCAGUUUUCCUUUAAAGUGGUGAGUGUACUAGAGCAGACCCUUGAACCACCCAGUCUUAUUCUGCCUUUGGCAGUGGCUAUCACCCAGUAUGUUGAAGGAAGAGCAGACACUUCCCUCUUGAACACACAUAUUGGCAAAUUCACAAAUGUGCAAAGAAUGUAUUACAGGGGCCUUAGUAUACACUGAUUUUAGGAGGCUCAAAGCUCCUUUGAGACUCUGGCCUGAAGCACAUCAAGGAGUCACAGUAGAGGCUACUGCUCUAACCACCAAAAUCCACCUCUGUCACAUGGGAAGUUUACAGUUUCUGUAUAUCUUUAAUAGAGAUUCCAUUUACCUCAUAUUUUCUCCAUUUCCUCUUCGCCUUUAUGUUCCCAGUUUGGGUUGAUGCUUUUCCUCAGCCCACCAACUAACACUGCAAUCCUGUGUUUGGGAGCUGGCUCCUAAGUAGGAAGCAUGUGGGGUCAGACACAGGAUGUUUACUUCCUUCUCUACUCUAGCAAGAGGAGCCAUAAGCCCCUGAAAUGUUGUUUAGAAUGUGCCUGUGUUUACAGAUACUCUGUUACGGUCCAUGGGGAAAGUCAGGCAUAUCCAGGGACUGGGUCCCCUGGACUCUUAAACCUCACAAAUACAAGGCCUGACCCAUAGCAUCAGAGCACCAGGGUAAAAUGCCCUUUCUGUUGAUGAGUUUGAAACUCAAAUAGUGUUUUGGUGCCAACCUGUCUGUAGUGCUGGCAGAUGGGUAGGAGAAAUUGUCAGUAUUAUACAGAGAAUAUUGUGAUGACAAAAGGUUAAAAGCACAGACUGCCAAAUUUCCCAUUUAUGCUGGCAUAUGGUACCCUUUCAUGUUGACUAUUUGGUUCUCUCUAUAAACAUACAUACAUACAUACAUACAUUUAGGUGAACCAUGUACACUUGAAUUCUGUGCACUGGGAGAGAUGUGUCCUGGUUUUCUGAGAAGAACGUGUUGGAGUGUUAAGGCCUCUAAGGUCAUAAUGGGAUUAUUUUAUAAAUAUACUUUGCAAAAAAAAAAAAAAAAGACAAAAAGAAAAGAGAUCAUGAUUGAGAGCAACCGCUCCAAGCAUGAUCUGCUGUAACCAAGAAUGUUGUUUCUAUUUUUAUAGAAGUUUUAUACCGCUCCAGGGUGGAGAAUAUUUAUUACUUAAAUUAUUUCACUGGGGAAAAAAAGGCCAGGGUUUUGUAGAAUCCUGAAGUGAUUGUUUUACACAUACAAUUAUGUGCAUGAUUGAAACUACUGAUUUUCAGUGGCCUGUUUUCAGGCUGACUAACUGCUAAAUGAGGAAGGAUUAAUGCUGUGAAUCAGUGGAGGGGAUAGCUGUACUCUGUGGUCUCUACAGUCACUCUUUUAUAGUACGCUACAUGCUGCUGAGACCCUUGCUCCAUUGACCCCAGACAUGGGCCUGUUCCUUUAAGAAGUCAUUUCAGUUGUCCUUUAUUUAGUAUCUUUAGCCUUUGCAUCCUGUACUGACCAAACUCAGCCCUGUUGUAGACAGGUGUAACUUCCAUUGAUUUAAGUGGAAGAUUCACCCACUUAUGUCAGGGAUGAAUUUAGCCCUAUGACUCUUCCCAGAUAAUGUGAUUAUCUUUACUAGAAGCCUAACCUGGGCUAGCUCUUGUGCCUUACUGGCAGGACUAUAAUGCAAGUAUUGCCAAUGCAGAUCUAUGCAGGUUAAAUUCUAAGGGCCUGAUGCCCAAUAUCUCUGAAUUGAUGCAAUUACAUUUAAUUUAAUUGAGCUACACUAAUUUAUACCAGCUAAAGAUUGGACCCUAAAUGUUUGUCUGCUUCAGCUUCAUUCAGUCUAUUUGUGUGUCCAGGCAUGUGGUGCCAAAGUUAAUAAAUGCAUCAAGUCUUUGACUGGUGGAGGUUUUUUACUGCGCAGUGCAACUGAUUGUAUAAAAAUAAGUGUAUUAAUUUCUGCUUGGUGGCAGCUGCUACAGACUAGGGAUUUCUGUCACUUCCUUCAUUCCUUCCAGAUUUGAACAGAGUUUUCUUCCUCACUUUUUGGCAGGAAAUCCUGUAUUUUUUUAAUCGCUCUCAUUCUAUUGCAAAUCAAAUCAGUCAGCUGUUUUGAGGACCAUUGGAAUAAAUUGACUAAACAUAAAAGCAGACUCUGAAUUAGCAGCCUCUUGUGACAAAAAUCGGGUAAAAUCACUACGAACUACUCUUUAGAAAUAAUCCAAAUGAGAAACUGUCUCCAGAACAAAAACUUUGUAUGCUACCAAAGACUAUUAAAGAUGAGACUGGAAGGGAGAAGAAAAGAAUUUACGUAAUUGAAACUGGCAAAAUUAUUUGGGACAGACUUGACCCAUUCUGAAAUAUUUAAAUAUUGGAAGCUAUUGCAAAAUAUUUAGGUUGAUUAUAAUCUAUGCACUUCUCUGAAACGUCUUAAUGUUACAUUGAUAUUGGCAUAAGAGUUGACUCAGUUAAAAAAACUACAGAAGGAUUUGCUUAAGUAGCCAAAUGGGCAAAGUAUUUUGUAUGCUCGUAAUCUAAAGAAUCUGGAUUUUUCCAAAGAGAUUCUACAACAGAAUCCAGUAUGAUUUCUGUUGAACCACAAAACUCCAGACUGCAUGUAUAUACUCUGCAGAUUCUUGUAAAUAGCAAUCUGCUUCAUAGAAACAAAGGGGAAGUAUUUGCCUGCUUUGCGACUUUCAGAAGACAUUUGAUUCUACUUGGCAUCCCGUAUUAAGAGCAAAGAAUUAGGUAAGACUGAGAUUGGGCUUAGGCUGAUACUGUUUAAUAUCUACAGCUGUAGCAAACCUACUCGGAUUAGAUUCUUCAGCACCUAAAUAACAGAGUCUAAAAUUAGAUGUCUCCUUACAGCUUAGUUAUUUUACCAAUAUGCAGAGCUUGCAUUUAUUAGAAAAUGCUUUUGAUACAUAUUCAUUAAAAUCAACCCUCAUUUUGCUUAGGCUUAGAACUUUCCAAAAGAGUCUGAAACAAUUUUUGGAAAUAUUUUAUGUUUUAAUGAUGAGAUGAUAGAUCAAACAAGUUAAAUCUAUCUGAAAAAUACAAUUAUCACCAUGGGAAAUUCCACCCAGACAAUUAAAUCCUUAAAUAAAAAGCCCUUAACCUGGACAGUAAAAUAUAUAUUAGAAACUUGCCUGCCUGCGUGGCAGAAUUAACUCAGGCAAUUCCAUUUGUUGAUAUCUCUAUAGAAGGGGAGCGAGAAUUCUGCAUACUUGUGAACCCAUUGACUUCCUCCUGAAAUAAAACAGAUAAUCAGCAGCAAUCUAAAAACAGCUCAGUGAAACACUGUUUUACAUGACUAUUUCACCUGAGCAAUGUCAUAGCUAAAAAUUUACAAAUCAAGAGUGCAGAUGCCCACAGUGUACAUUUGGAUUUUUCUGAUGCAAACAGACAAAUAUAAGGAUGUUGUGGAUCACUAAGCAGAAAUGUUACAAAGUAUAAAAUAUAGAAUGCAGAAAAAUUUCAGUAUAAUGUUAUCGACCACCACCGUGAGAGAGAAACAAGGACACAGAAAUAACUGUCUCCCUUUCCUUAUGUCAGUAUGUGCCUCAACCUGCCACCCCUCCAGUCUUUCAUCCAAGUCUCUCCUUUAGACACUUUUUCCAAAAGGCCUCUAAUGAAUCCUAGUCUUUCCCUCAAAGUUGUUGACAGAGAAGACAUUUGAAAAUAUCUACCAAAAAAAAAAAAGACAAAAUCACACAAGGAAUUCCCACGAUGUCUGCUAAAUGUCAUUUGAACCCUUAGCUUUUGUUCUUUCCCAUGCUCCAUUUCUCCACUGAUACUUUGCCUUUCUGGAUUGUAAGCUCUUUGGGGCAGAGACCUGGUUCUUGUAGCUGUUUGCCAAGCACCUAAAAACCUGCUAGAACUAUAGAAAUCAUGUUUAAUGUUGCAGUGUCUCUUGCUAGUUGAGGUUUCACUCAGUCUCCUUGCUCAGUUGUCUUUGGAAGGGUAAGCAUGGGGAGAAAACCCAAACCACCAAUGCUAGCCAGCCUGUGGCAACAUGUUUUUGUUGCCCCAUUAUUCAGAGAAGGGUCCUUGAACUCCUCGAGCUAGCUGCAUGUUCUGGGGAAUCAUCAAGUUCACUCAUAGGGAUACUGAAAGCUUCACAUCACUCACUAGCAACCCUUAAGCAGUUUUGAGAGACUCUGAAGAACAUGGCACCACAACUGGGUGUAAAGUGGAAUCCUAAAAGAUACCUCCCUUUCUCCUUUACUUUCCACGUUCACUCUAAAAGGCUCCCUCUCUUUUGCAGUUUGGUGGCCGCAAGAAGACAGCAAAGCUGUUAGCAUCCCUUGGUAGGGAUCUGAAAACUCUGCUCAAGAAAGGUUCAGGCAAAAUACUUCCCAGUUUUCCAAACUAGCAACUGUGACUGUAGAGUUUCUCAGUGCCCAGAAUCCCCUUCUCACAAAUCAGAGUGCAGAGGGCUUUCUGUUGCAAGAGUUGGGAAAGGAAAAUUUCUGCCCAGGUAUAAUAGUGUGAAAAGGGCUCAGCUAGGACAAGUCUUAAGGAAUUCUCUAUUGUGUGGGGUUUUUGGUUCCGCUUAUGUGUCUUGUACAAUCUUUUCAUUUGGUUCUAAAAUCAACCAACCCUCUCUUUUGUGGGUUCCUAAGGGAUGGGAAGGGACUGGAGCUGAAGCAAAGAGCACGGAUUUCCUGAGCUACCACUACCUAAACAUUUCCUUUGAUUAGACAUAAAAAGGUCUCAACUGUCAAAUCACCUGUGAAUCACCCCUGUAUCCUCCAUCCUGUCUCUUGCUGUCUGAAUUUCUGUGAGUUGGGUGUUAAUCCUGGAGCCGUAUCUUUGGAGGUGGGCUCCUGGGGUGGGGCUUGCUCUGUUGUCUUUCUCGCAAGCAGAGCUAGCAGGGACACUGGGCAUGGGGCAAAGGUGAAUGCACAGCUGUCCCACAAAACCAGUGUCCAAAGGGAAAUCCAGGCCUCUGCUUCCAUUUUAUUUCUGGCAUUUUGAUGUUUACUUGGUGUCCUCCAUGCACUUUGACUUUUACUUGUCCAUCGUUAGCAUGUGCUGCCCUCCCUGUCAACUCCCCUUCCCAAGAGGUCUCAUUGUACAGUGCCCAUUCCUGUUCUCUCUCUCCUUGUUUGGAUGUACUGCUCUGUGUAACUCAGUGGGUCUCCCUCUUUCUGGUUUGUUUUUUUCUAGAUUCCUGCCGUUUGUUCAUCGUUGUGCCUAAAGCAUGUCGAUGUGGCGUUCAAGUACAUCGUCCAAAUCCUUGUCUCUUCAGCUUCUCUGAUGCUUGAACUCUCACCUUUGACCUUGUGUUGAUCUUUGACGCUGAUGUGUAUUUUUAUUACGUUUGUUUCUUUCUUUGUUUUUGGUUUUUUGUUUUGGUUUGGUUUUUUUGUGUGUGCUGCCAAAUUUGGUUUUGCUAGAAAGACUGCUGAAGGAGAAUAUUUAAACUUGCAUUUGAAUAUAAAAAAAAAUUCUAUUUUUCUAGAACUUCAUAAGAUAACCACUUGAUUUUGUGAUUCUGACUCUUUGUAAUUAUCUUCCGAGCAGCCUUGCUAGCAUACAGCGUGGAGUAUUUGUAUUUCUGUGAACAUACAGCCAGUCACUUUCUCGGCUUAGUUUUUUCUGUGUGCUUAGUUUUAAAAACAAAAAUCUGAAGAAAAAGUCAAUUGAAUGAUGCGACUUAGCCUUUCAGGAGGCUUCUGGUCACAUUUUGCUGAAAUGGUUUCUGUGCUUGAGGAAAUAGCUUGUAUUUUUAUGAGUUCAAACUCUGACUUGAGUGGCAUCAGCACAAAACACUUGAACUAUAUUCUCCUGAUUGUAGCGGCAUUUUUGCCCUGGCACUUACUGUUUUUUCCUUUCCUGUGUAGUUAUCAGCCUUUGUCUGCAGUGAAAAUUUGAUCAAAGUUUAUGUUGUAUUUUGUUAAACCCGAGCAUGCUUGUUUUGUUUUUGUUUUGUUUUUGUAACUACAAUCUAUUCAGCAAAAUGUGAUUGUUUUAGUUUUAUUCUUCCAAACUCAGAUAGUGCAUGUUUCCUGCUGUUUUCUUCACACCCUCAAAUAUAUCACCUUCACCUCUCUGUUUUCUAUAGUUUGUGCAAAAACUGAGCAAUUUACUGGGUUUCAAAGGUAUCCUUUUAAAUUGUUUUUUGGUGUGACAAAUUUCUGAUCAGAUGCCACCCGAGGCAUCUACCUGUGCACUUGGACUGUCUGCCUGACACAACAUCUGGGCCUUGUUACAUCUCCACAGCUGUCAGAGGCUCCCAGGAGGAGGGUUGGUUGCAUUGUUCUAGUAGGAGUUUUGGUAGACCAGGAUAGAUUGGAAGCAGGUAAGUGAGGGAUCGUUGCAGUAAUUCUGCUUCUAAAAUCCCGGAGAACUGGGGCUCCCUUCAUACAUUCUUAAAUUUUAUUUUAUAUAAUUUGGGGCAUAAUUUUUGUGAGGUUCAGCCCCAGUUUAACACUGUCAAUGAGGUGGUGGAGGGAGGCUUAGUGGCUCUAGGUUAGCACUGGCAGUAGAGUGUUCAGAAUAUCCCAGAGAAGGCCUUUGUAAGCCUGGUCAUGCAACUGCUGGCUCUUACUCCAAAUGACAAGCACAAUACAACAGCUUCUUACGCUGUUACCUGAACAGGGUACCAACCCCAGCUCCUCUUCUCAGGGGCCUUAGCUGGGGAAUCUCUAUAAAGAUCUUUUUUUUUAGUUUUUGUUUAGUCUUUAAUUGGGUAAAGAGUCAAGCAGUUUCUGUUCCUGCCCUGCAGUACAGGCUACUAUUCUAAGGGCAUCUGGCUUCCCCUGGCCCUACAAACCAUCUGCUGUGAGACUGCAUGGCUAGAAACUGGCACUUGGAAGCACCUGCAAGACUGUGGCUACGGGGAGACCCUAGUCACUAAGGGAGGUGAGCUGGUGAAGGACACCAGUGUGGGAAAAGCAUAUGAGGUAAAAUCCUAGGGGGAGAGAGGUUGGAAAGAGUGAAAGAUCUGAGUCUGAUUUCCUGGCUUGGGGUGGUGAAAAGGGAACGAGACGAUUUAUUCUUUCCCCUUCCAGAGUUGGCUUGGGAUUUCACUACUUCUCAAUACAUGUUAUUUUUGGCUGUGAUUUAUAGAUCUGGGACUUGGGGGAUGAGGCUGUAUGAGAAGAAGGUGGGGACUCAUUUUGAGAUAGGAUUGUGAGAUGGCGGCUGUUAGCCCCACAGUCUGAAUGUAUCAGGCCGUCUGUCAGUUGGGGCGCUCAGGCCCCGCAGUGUGUUGAGUAAUUUUGCCAAUACAUUUCUAUACAAUGUGCAUUCAGUUCCAUGAGGAACUCUGGGGAAACCUGUGGAAAAAUCUCUGGAGAAAAUCAAAAUGCCAAACGUUGGAUGUUUCUUUCCUUUCCUUUCCUUCCUUUUCUCCUUUUGGUUGUUUUAAUUGUUCUGUGGUGGUUUUAAUGGAUUUGAGACAGUGGAGCAGCAGCUGCCUUUUUGAUUUUUGGCUGCUUUUUGUGAAUAAUUUAAAAAAGAAAAUUUACAUUUUGGAGACAAACCUGUGGGCUUUUUUAUUGGUACAAACGUAUUUAACACUAGGGGUUUUGUACAGUUUUUUGCCUUUUCUACUAGAAAACAAUGUAAAGUGAUUCACAAUGUGACAAGAAAACAAUUUGCCACUAUGACCAAAUGUAGAGUCUGUUCUGCAGUAACAGGAUUUAAUCAACUCGAAGUCGUGAUUCAGUUGUAGAAAUGCUUUUCUUUACUUUGUUUGAGCUGUUCCUUUUCUUGUUUUGAUUUGCAAAACAAAAUGUCUUCUUGUGUGAAAUUGUGUUGUACUCUGUAGAAAAUUAUGGAUUUUACUUUAAUGGUUUAAAAGCAGAGGAGCACAUGUUGCUUUUCUAAUCUGAUCGCGGAGUUUGUGUAAUGGAUUUAAAAAUGAAAAGAUUUGUUACAAGUUUGGAACGAGCGAGUAUGUGUUAAAGGAAUUUUCUUCCUUCGUGUGUGUUUUUUUUUUCUUUUGUCCCGAUGGGGAACUUAAAGCUGUUUUAAUUGCACAGACACACCAACAAGUCAUUUUGUAUAUGCCAAGUGUGGUAUCUUCCUUUGUUUAUUUGCUAUUAAACUGUUUGAGAAGAGUC